GGAAAAACUGCCCAAAGGGUGAAAUCUUUAACCUAUGCAUUCACUUUUCCAGAGCACACUGCUUUGAGCCUCCUGCCCUGCUGUCCAUUUGGUUGAUGGCCACUGUUUGACUCCAGAGGUGGGACAGGCCAGCUGGGCUGGAGAGGACAUGGCCUCUGUGAUGGCAAUCUACAUGUGCUGCCUGUUUCUGGUCUGCCUCUUGACUUCUCAAUGUGUAGGAGCUGGGUCUGUAGCCAAGAUGUGCAUUGAGGUCACAGCCAACCUAACCUACAACUGUGGAGAACUGGGACUUAACGGGAUUCCUGAAAGUCUUCCAUCUACCACGAAAUUUCUUGACUUCAGUUUUAACUUUCUACCUGACCUCCAAAACUCAACUUUCAGUAGGCUCAGAGACCUUGUCUACUUAGAUUUAACCAGGUGUGAAAUUAACUGGGUUCAUGAAGAUGCUUUUCAAAACAAUGAUUAUCUGAGCACCAUUGUACUGACUGGAAAUCCCCUGAUAUUUAUAGCAGACACAGCUUUUGAGGGUCCUAAGGCCCUGAAGCAUCUCACCUUCACCCAAACAGGCUUGACCAGUGUCACAUUUAUUCCAACGCAGAAUUUGGGAAACUUGGAAACCCUCCAUCUUGGUAGCAAUCAUCUUUCAUCUAUUGGACUCCCUUCAACGUUUCCCACCCAUAAUCUGAAAGUCCUGGACUUAGAACUGAAUGCCAUACAUCACAUCAAUAAAAAGGAUGUAGCAUCCUUAAAACAGGCAACCAACUUAACCCUUAACUUGAAGGGUAAUAAUAUUUGGGACAUUGAGGAUGGGGCUUUCCAUUCCAUGACCUUCCAAAGCUUGAAUUUUGGAGGGAUCAAUGAUGUUUCCAUAGUUUUAAAUGGGUUGCAGAAUUCUACCAUUCAUACUCUCUGGCUUGGGACCUUUCAAGAUGUAGACAAUCUAGAUAUAAGCCCAGCCAUGCUGCAGGGGCUCUGUAAUAUGUCGGUGGAAGUCCUCAACCUCCAGACCCACUUUUUCUCAGACUCAGCUGCCAUCUUUCAGUGCUUCUCUGGACUCCAAGAGUUGGAUCUGACUCAUAGUCACUGGGACAGUUUGCCCACUGGCAUUGAGGGAAUGAAUCAGCUCAAGAAAUUAGUGUUGAAUCAAAACCAAAUGGACAAUUUGUGCCAAAUCAAUGCUGCCAACUUCCCCUCCCUGACUCAUCUUUAUGUUAAAGGCAACUUCCAGAAGCUGGACUUGGGCAACGGCUGCUUAGAGAAACUAAAACACCUCCUGCAUCUGGAUUUAAGCCACAGUCAAGUUGAGUCGGUGGCCUGCUGUAGUAGUCAGCUGAGGAACUUAGCUCAUUUGCAGCACCUGAACUUGAGCUAUAAUGACCCCCAUUCUCUCCAAGCUGAGGCUUUCAGAGAAUGCCCUCAGCUGGAGCUGUUGGAUUUUGCCUUUACCCAUCUUCAUACGGAUGCUUCCCCAAGUCCUUUCCAAAAUCUCCAUCUCCUCAGGGUCCUGAAUCUCUCCAACUGCCUCGUGGAGACCAGCAAUCCUCGGCUCCUCGUGGGUCUGCAAGGCCUUUGGCAUCUAGACCUGAGUGGGAAUUCCUUUCCCUCUGGGAUUCUCCCAAAGGACAACCUGCUCCAGCCUUUGGCCAGCUUGGGGGUCCUCAUUCUAUCAUCCUGUGGUCUAACAGCCCUAGAACAGCAAGCAUUGGGAAGUCUUGGCAAACUCCAGUAUCUGGACCUGCAGUACAACAACCUAACAGAGUCUGGCUUGGCAGCUCUUAGCGAGCUCAAGGGAACCCACCUCAACUUGGCAGCCAACAGUAUCCGAAUCAUUCCACCUGGCCUUCUAAAGGCCUUCUCCCAGCAGAGCAUCAUUGAUUUAAGUCACAACCCCCUAGACUGUACUUGUUCCAAUAUGGACUUUCUGAAGUGGUUCAGGGAAAAUCUACAAAAAAUUUCAGAUCCUGAAGAGACAACGUGUGGCAAUCCACCACCUCUGAGAGGGGCGAAGCUGUCCACUGUGACCCUCUCCUGUGCUCUUUCAGGGGUGGGAAUCUUCUUUGUGGUGUUCUUUGUGUUAAUGCUUAUAGUCAUGUUCAUUGUCAUAGCCCGGCGUUAUGUAGUUAGAAAAUACCAAAACAUUUAGGUCUGAAGCUUUCCAACACAGGCAGCCACACUGGCUGACCUUCCCCUAAGAGGGUGUCCACUUCCCACUUCCCCUAACUAACCAGCCUUCUCAGCUUGGUUCCUGAGUCCAGUGGGGAUUGGGUACUUUUGGUUUCCCCUUUCUUUGGUGGUAGUGGUGGUACAGUUGAGCUCCUGUGCUCUAGACCAUAAGAGGAACCCAUAAGAGGAACCACCAUAUCCAGGAGGGCUGGUGGUGGGUGAGCUGGACAGAUACUAGUUAGAGAAUAAAGCAGUAUUGGCCGGCUGCCAUCUUGCCCCCAUUCUUCUUCCACCAGUGAGGCUCAAGAUGUGGCUCUUUGGUUCCUCCUGCUGGUUUCUCAUUGCCCCACUUCUCUCCAAACCUGAUUUUUCCAUGGCUUUGUUUCAGGAAAGGAAGCACAUUUUUUCCCCAAGCUCUCUUCUUCUCCCCAUUUAAAUAGCACACAGCCCACUUUCCAGCCUUUUAAAAGUUUCUGUUCUGCUUAGUUUUCACUGCUAAGAGCUACAGGGACAGCCCCAGCAGGUGAUAUUAUAAUAUACAAAAGAUGAUAGGGAAAAGUAACAAGUUUCUUUUCUCAGUAAAUCUCAGAUCUAUUGCAAAUAUCCUUCGAAUACAGACCUCAACCUUCACAAAGUCCUCCCUUCUUUUGUGACCGAAACUCAUUCUCUAUUUUAUCUUGGGAAUUAGCUAGCCUAGGUUUUCCUGGGUUAAACUGACUCAGAUUUGAGACUUCUAUAGAAUAGAUUUGGAUUGGCUUUCCCAACUGUCAAUCAAUUGAUUAAUAAAUAUUGGCAGAGAGAAGGGGGUCCUGGGUUCAAAUGUGAGCUCAGACACUUCCUAUCUGUUACCUUGGGUAAGUCUUUUAACCCCCAUUGCCAAGCCCUUCCCACUCUUCUGCCUUGGAAUCAAUAUAAAGUAUUAAUUCUAAGAUAGAAAGCAAGUAUUUUUUUGAAAUAAAAAUAAAAUUCAGUAAGUGCCUACUAUGUGACAGGCACUUUGCUAGGCACUGGGGACAAAAAAUGGACAAAAUGCUAUCUUUGCCCACAAGGAGUUCCCAAUCUAAUAGAGGAAAUAACAAACAAAUAUGUAGGAACCAGCUAUAUACAAGAUAAAUAGGAAAUGAGAGGGAAAGCCCUGGGAUUAAGUGGAGUUAUGAAAAGCUUCCUGUAGAAGAUGGGACUUGAAGAAAGUCAAGGAAUCCAGGAGGUAGCGCAGAGGAGGGCGAGGAUUCCAAGUGCGAAAAAGUACCCCAAGCCAAGAGAUGGAAUUUCUGCUGGUGAAACAGCCAGGAAGCCAGUGUCACUGGAUCCAGGAAUAUCUGGUGAGGAGCAAGAUGUGAGAAGACUGGAAAGGCAGGAGGGGGUUAGGUGAGGAAGGGUUUGAAGGCCAGCCAAAGGAUUCUGUAUUUGAUGUCGGAGAUAAGUGGGAGUCCCUGGAAUUGGUUAAUGAGGGAGUGACAUGGUCAGACCUGCUUUAGGAAAAUCACUUUAGAGACUGAGUGGAAGAUGGAUGGAGGGGAAUGGGGAGAGAUUUGAAGCAAGUCCAGUAACCAGCAGUCCAAGGCAUGAGGGGAUGAGGGCCUAUAGCAGAGUGGUCAGUGUCAGAAGAGAUGAGGGGACAUGGGAGAGAAGUUACAAAAGUCACCACAAAUGACUAUUGUACUUUAAAAAGAUCUUGAGUCCCAUGACCUAGGAUAAUAGCUCGUAGGAUCCUAGAAGGCAUUGUUAGCUACAAGAGACCUUAGAGGCCAUCAAAUCCAACUCCCUCUUUAAACAAGAAAUAAGUGUCAGAAGCAGGAUUUGAAACCACAAUCUCUUAACCCAAAUUUAGUAUCAUAUUUUCUAGUUCUCCCUAUAACCCAGAAACCUGUGGAAACCGUGUGCUAGCCUGUUGUUAUGUUAGACAAGAAAUGGUCUAACUUCCCUAUCUGGUCUCUAAAGAUCUUUCAGACCUUAAUAGUGAAUUUUAUGGCAUCUUUUUCAUCCUCUGGGCAGUUCAAUGACCUCAAUCUCUGUCUUUGUCUGUCUGUCUGUCUUUCUCUCCCGCUCUCUCUUUUGAUCCAUUCUCUAUGCCCCGUUCAUUGACCUGAAGCAAAUUCACAAUUGCUAGCCAAAUUUAAUGUUACUAUUCUUUGCUUUAACUACCUUUUCAACCAGAUUGGCUGAGUCUAUGCCUCUUUGGAGAUCAUGUGACUAGGGACCAUUGGGCAAGGCUGCCAUGUUCUGUUCUCCAUCCUUAAAAUCGAAUCCUCAUGCCCAACAGACUGACUUUCUUUCUCUUGUUCAAAUUCAUGCCUUUCCUAUUCCCUCACUUCACUUAGCUUCCCUCCUCAUUCAUAGGGAUGUGAUAACAGACAUCUUGGGGCCAGAGAACAAUGAGCAUCUCUCUCUGUUCAAACUGUUUCCAUAGCACUUGGCACUCAUGCAUUAUAUUGACGUGUUAUCAGAUCCUUUCUCUUCCUCUCCUAACCCUCCCAUCCUUUCCUAGGGGAAAGAGAUUUAAUAGAAUCCAGGGAUAUGAUUUAUUUUUAUUAAUAUAAUUUAUUUCCAGGUAUCUCAGCCUCUCCCUCCUUUCCGCACACCACAGAAGUCAUCAUCUGGCAAAUAGAUAUGUAGAUAUAGAUUGGCUUUCAUGUUGACAUUUUUUUUUCAGUUCAUUCUCUAGAGGUAAACGUCUCACAAAUUAUUCUUCAAAUAUUAAAUCUGUAGCUGUAUAGAAUGUUCUCUUGAUUCUACUCAUUUAUUCAUCAUUAUCUAGUGUGGCUCUUUCCAAGUUUUUUUUUUUAUUAGCUUGCACAUUGUUUCUUAUGGUGCAGUAUUUUUAUAUCAUGAUCAUGUGCCAUAAUUUAUUUAAUCUUUCCCCAAUUGAUGGGUGUCUCCUUCCUUUCCAGUUCUUUGCCACCACAAAGAGAGCUUCUACAAAUAUUUUGGAACAUAUAGGUUCUUUUACUUUUUUCCCUGAUCUCCUUGGGAAAUAGAUCCUGCAAUGGGUGUUAUAGCUAUCUGGGCAUAAUUCUAAAUUGCUCUCCAAAAUGCUUGAAUCAGUUCACAGUUCCCCCAGCAGUGUAUUAGUGCCCCUGCUUUUCCACAUCUCCUCCAGCAUUGUAAUCUUGUUCUUUUGUCAUUUUAGCCAACCAGAUGGGUGUGAGAUGCUAUCUCAGAAUUGUUCUGGUUUGCAUUUCCCUAAUCAGUAGUGAUCUAGAGCAUUUUUUCAUAUACCUAUAUAUGGAUUUGAUUUCUUCAUCCCAAAAUAAUCUGUUAAUUUUUUUUUUGCCUAUUUAUCAGUUGGCCGUGGGGGAUGGCUCUUAUUCCCAUAUAUCUGACAAAACUCUCUACAUAGUUUAGAUAAGAGACCUCAAUCUGAGAGGUCUAUGAAAAUUAUCUAUGAAAAAUUUCCCCUAACUUUCUGCUUUCCUUCUAAUCUUGGCAACCUUUAUUUUAUUUGUUCAAAACUUUUCAUUUUAAUGAAGUCAAAAUCAUCUAUUUUAUAACUGCAGUGCUCUCUAUCUCUUUACUCAUAAAUUCCUCUCCUUUCCAUAAAUCUGAGAGCCAAUAUGUUUCCUGUUAUAUCCAAGUGAUAUAAAUUUUAAAAUCUUUAAAACACAGAAAAUAAAGGCAGAACUUCCCUACCCGUACCCCAACCAGGACCAGCUUAUGUCACUACCAAUUUAUGCCCAAAGCCCUUAUAAUCUGAUUUCUGAUUGCUCUGCUCUAUUGAUUCUACUCCAAGGUUACUCACUACAAUUUAACUGCUAAAUCCAGGGGCCUUUUCUCAGAUCUCCUCUUCUUCAACCUCUCUGCAGCUUUUGCCAUUCUCCUCUUCCUGGUUACUGUUUCUGUCCUCCCUUGGCUUCCAUGACAUUAUUCUUCCUGAUUCUUCUCCUUUCCCUAGAACACUCGUCUGCCUUUUCUGCCUUUUCAUCUUUUCUGCUCCGCUUAUCUCUCCCCUGUCCCUGACCUUACAAAAUGGUGUCCCUUUCAAGGGUCUAACCUGGUCCUUCUUUUUUUUCCUUCAUAUUCUCUUCUUUGGUGAUCUCGUCCACGGUCAUAGAUUGCAUUAUCACGUCUGCACAAAUAACUUCACUGUAGAUCCAAGUGUAAGCUCUUCUUUGAACCUUAUUAGGUCCUUAUCCUUAAAAAAUUGUGUGUUAAACCUAUCCACCUGGACGACUCACCCUAGCACCCUAAAUGAAACAUGUCCCAAAGUGAGCCCCACCCCAAACUGCCUCUUCUCCUCUCUUCACUAUCUUCUCAGCCAUCCAUGCUUGAAACUUUUUUCAUCUAAACUUCCUCUGUAUCCAGUCUCUUAACAAGUCUAGCCAGUUCUACCUUCACUACAUCUUUUCUAUCCUCUCCCUUCUUUCUACUCACAGAGCCGCCAUCUUAGUUCAAGACCUUUUCAGCUUCAACAAUGCAAGAAACAUUUUUUAAGGACCGGUUGUGGGUAAAGUACUGUAUCAUCCCUCAACUAGGCUGUAGAAAUAGCUUCUUAACUGGCUUCCUCGCUGCUUCUCUCUUCUCAUCAAUCCAUUCUUCACACAGAUGCUAAAACCAUCUGUACCAAUUAAAACACAGGUCUGACCAGAUCCCUCUCUGCUCAAAAACCUUCAAAAUUUCUGCUAUUGUCUUCAUGAUAAAAGAGACUUGCUUGUUGAUCAUCUCUUGCUUAUUCCCUCUUCCCUGGGUUUUUCUGACCACCCCAUGGUUCUUUCUACUUGUCAUUCCCCUUUGCCAAAGCGUCACCCAUGUCCUCCACCCUCUGCUUGAUGAAUGUAUCCCAGAGCCCUGUCCUGGGCCCUCUUCCUGGGCUAUCUCGUUAGCUCCUACAAAUUCAACUAUCAUUUUGAUGCAAGUCAGUCUUGACUUGACUAUCUGGUGGUUAUUUUCCUCCUGACCUCCAGUUCUAAAUUUUCAACAGCCUACUGCUAUCCCUUCCUGAAUAGUUCUUCAUUCUUCAAAAUGUACUCUAAGAAAGUCAUGAUUUUCUCCUCUAAAAACAUCCUUCUUCCUAGUUCCCUUAUUUUUGUCGGCGUGCCAUCAUUGUUCUGGUUGCUAAGGUUUAUAACUUUGGAGUCAGCCUCUAUCCUUCUCUUUCACCCACCAUAUCUAAUCAGUUGCCAAGCCUUCUGGAUUCUACAUUCUCAAUAUUUCCUGGCAUCUUCCCCCGUCUCUCUCUUCACACCACCAAUAAUAGCCCAGGUCAGUUCCUGGUUCGGUCUCUUCCUGAACUAUUGAAAUAGCCUCUAAAUGAGGCUCCCUGCUUCCAAUCUGUCCCCUCUCCAAUUCAUCUUUCAUACAACCAUAACCUUCAGUGCUUCUCUUCUGUUCUCUUCUCUUGUUUUCUUUUAUUUUCUUCCUUCCAUCUUAGAAUCAAGGCAGCAGAGUGGUAAGGGCUAGACAAUGGCGGUUAAAUGACUUGACCAAGGUCACACAGCUAGGCAGUAUCAGAGGUCAGAUUUGAACUCAGGACCUCCCAUCUCUAGGCCUGACUCUUAAUACAGGGAGCCACCCAGUUGCCACACAGCUACCCCUCCCCACCUUAAUACUUCUUUUCAAUUAGAAAAACACAACCAACUAAAAGAAAGGCCUCUUUGGAAUAAUGGAGAGAAAAUUAAGUCUGUAAUCACAGGAUUCUGUCACUUCUGACUGUAUGACCCCAAUUGGGCAAAUCAUGUUACUUCUUCAGGAUUCUGACUCCUUCUCAACAAAUUGAUGAUAUUCGACUAAAUGAUCUCUGACCCUCCCUUCCCCCCACACCCCCAGUUCUACAUCUAAGUCUAUUGUCCUAUACAAAGAAAAAGUCACAGAUAGGAACUUGUUAUCCAGGAAGUUCCAGGGUUCUACUCAUACCCUCAGGAGGACAUAAUGUUCCAGGGUGUAAAAUGCCCAAAGAGGAUGAAGAUUCUAAUCAUGUCUUUUGUUUUUUAAUUGUUUUUUUUUCCCAGUUGACAGGUUGAAACAAUUUUUUGAAAAUUUUAUUUUAUUUAAAAUUUUUCCCCAUGGUUUCAUGAUUCUUGUUGUUUCCCUCCCCUCCUCUCUCCCACUCCUGGAGUUGAUAAGCAAUUCCACUGGUAUACAUAUAUAUACAUAUAUGUAUACCAGUGGAAUUGCUUAUCAAUAUAUAUAUAUAUAUAUACAUACAAUUUUUAAUAAUCAUUUUCUGACAUUUUGUAAUCCAUGUUCAUUCUCUCCCUCCCUCUCACCUUUCCUGCUCUCUACGAUGGCAGGUAAUAUGACACAAGUUGAACAUGUGGUAUCAUACAAUACAUACUUCCAUGAUUUUCAUAUUGUGAAAGAAGACUCGUAUCACUUACACUAGUAAAAAACUCCUGGAGGAAAUAAAGCGAAGAAGGGCAUGCCUCAGUGUGCAUUCAGACUCCAUCAGUCUUCUACGGUGGUGGAAAGCCAGUUUCGUUAUGAGCCUCCUUGCACUGCUGAUCUUAGGGCCAGCUCUUUAAAUUAUUCCAGACAUCAUGAGGAACAUUGCUUCCCAACCAAGAUUCUAGCCCUCCAAGUCCAGGCAGCCUUUUGCUUGCCAGAGGCCACGUUUGGCCCUGGAGGCACUGUUUCUCAUAGAACUAAUAUUAUUAUUAGAUUCUUAAGCCAUCAUCUCCUCAAGCUGUUUAAUCCCCAAAGGAAAUGGAGUUACGGUUCCUUGAAUUUUUGAAGCUGAAAGACAUUUACAGUGAAGAAUAUGGCCCCCAACCAAUAUUGCUGCUAUACUAGUUGCCCAAUAAAAUAAAAAAAACAAUACAGUUGAUUAAAAGUUUGUUUAUAUUUAGUACUAGCGGAUAAGAACACUUACUUUACCGAAAAUGAAAAGGCAGAUAGAGGAAGGACUAGGAAAGUAUUUUUAGAAGGAUCUUUGGGCACUUUUCAGGGCUUUAGAGUGAGCCUCACUGUUUUUCUCCUACUUGAUUUAAUUUUGCUUGGAAAUUGAUAGCAUUCCUUUUCCAUGACCCAGGGGUGCUGUUAGUUCUUUUCUUAGAUUUCUUGGCUUUGACGAAGGUCAACUAGAAAGAAGACAGAGAGAAAGAGAGGUUUUUCCUGAGGUAACUAAGUGGACCAUAGGCAGAUAGGUGGUACAGUGGCUAGAACACUGGACUUGGAAUUGGGAAAACUCUUCUUUGUGAGUUCAAAUCCAGCUUCAGAUAUUUGCUAGCUGUGUGACCCUGGGCAAAUCUUUUUUAUUUGCCUUGGGUUCUUCAUCUGUAAAAUGAGCCAGAGAAAGGACUGGCAAACCACUCCAGUAUCUUUGCCAAGAAAAUCCUAAAUGGGGUCAUAAAGAGUUAGAUAUGACAACAAACUAGCUGGACAAGAGUUAGAAGAGAAUGGGGAAGGAGAAGAUUUUUUUUUAAUUUGUACUGAGAAAGAGAGAUAGUCGUGGAUGAAAUUAACUGAGCUAGAAUCUAUAAGAGGUAGAGGGAAAAGACAACUAUGGUGUGUGCAUGAUGUGAGGGGGACAAAGCUGAUCAUUUCCAGAAUCACUUUCCAGCACAACUGAACACUACUUACCUCUUGGGUGCUCUAUAUUCAAACCAAUCUAGUCUUUUUCUCCCUCCCAUCUCUGCAUUUGCAAAGGCUGUCCCCAAGUACCCCCCUAUGCCUCUUGGAUUAAUUCAAGUACCCCCUCCUACAAGAAGCCUUUCCUGAUAUCCGAGUUGCUAGUGCCCCCUCCCUCCCCUCAAUUCUUGGGAUAUUGUGGUUUUUUGUUUUUUAGUUGAUUAUUGCUGAACAUAUCUCCCCCCUGCAAGAAUGUAAGUUCCUUGAGGACAAGAACAAUUCUCUUUCCUCUCUGUAUCUCUGGCUGUGCCUGGCACACAUGUGGUGCUUAAUAAAUGUUUGUUGGCACUUCUGA